GAGAGCAAGGGCUACGACUUUGAGUCGGAGACGGACACGGAGAGCAUCGCCAAGCUGGUCAAGUACAUGUACGACAACCGGGAGAGCGACGACAUCAGCUUCACCACGCUGGUGGAGAGGGUCAUCCAGCAACUGGAAGGUGCUUUUGCCCUCGUGUUCAAAAGUGUUCAUUAUCCUGGCCAGGCUGUUGGUACCAGACGGGGCAGCCCCCUGCUCAUCGGAGUGCGGAGCGAGCACAAGCUCUCCACCGACCACAUCCCCAUCCUCUACCGGACGGCUGUACAAUCUAUGGAUCAUUCUUUUGAUGGAAUAUCCAUAAAAAUGGAGGAAGGGAAGGACAAGAAGGGCAGCUGCAGCCUGGCCCGGGUGGACAGCACCACCUGCCUCUUCCCCGUGGAGGAGAAGGCUGUGGAGUACUACUUUGCUUCAGAUGCCAGUGCUGUCAUCGAGCACACCAACAGGGUGAUCUUCCUGGAGGACGACGACGUGGCAGCCGUGGUGGACGGGCGCCUCUCCAUCCACCGCAUUAAGCGCACGGCCGGCGACCACCCGGGGCGUGCUGUCCAAACCCUGCAGAUGGAGCUUCAGCAAAUCAUGAAGGGUAACUUCAGCUCAUUUAUGCAGAAGGAAAUUUUUGAACAGCCAGAAUCUGUCGUUAAUACGAUGAGAGGAAGGGUCAACUUUGAUGACUACACUGUAAAUCUUGGUGGGCUGAAGGAUCACAUCAAGGAGAUCCAGCGGUGCCGCCGUCUGAUCCUCAUUGCCUGUGGGACGAGUUACCACGCUGGCGUCGCG